AUGUCUUCCCAACCUGAUAACGCGUCCCUUUCAGCCCUAGACUUGUUCAGCGUGGACGGUCUCGUUGCAUUUAUCACCGGAGCUGGGACAGGUAUCGGGCUUAUGUUUGCCAAGGCACUGGUCAAGAAUGGUGCUGCCAAGGUAUAUGUUGCAGGUAGACGGCUAGAGGUUCUUGAAAAGGCCGCUUCAUCCGUUGGACCAAAUGUAAUUCCCGUACAAUGCGAUGUUACAUCCAAGGAGAGUCUUCGGGAAGCGGUGAAGUUGGUCGAAAAGGACUCGGGAUACCUGAACCUUCUGAUUUGCAACUCUGGCAUUACCGGUCCAUCAGCUCCGGCCGUGACUUCUGAAACGACUCUGGAGGAGUGGGCAGACGGCAACUUUUCUCGGGACGUAAACGAGUACGUCGAUACGUUCGCCGUCAACACGGUUGCAGUAUGGUACACCACCAUGGCGUUCUUGAAGCUGCUUGGCCAGGGGAACGAGAAGAAGAAUGUCACACAACAGUCCCAGGUAGUCAUUACCAGCUCGAUUGCCGGUUUCAACAAGACUUCCACUGCCGGUUGGGCUUAUGGACAGUCAAAGACGGCGGCGAUCCUGGCAUCGAAACAGCUUGCUACGGCUUUGCCCCGAUGGAACAUACGGGCAAAUUGUAUUGCCCCUGGAAUAUUCCCGAGUGAAAUGACGGAGUUCGCCAUCCAACAAUACAGGGGUGAAGCAGGAGGAUACGGCGUAGUUCCGACCACAAUGAUUCCCUUGGGAAGGCUUGGCGAAGAGGCAGACAUGGCUGGAACUAUCCUUCCUGGACGGAGGACGUCUGAACACGUUUCCAUCGAUCAAUUAGAGGGACUGCAAUAUGGCAAGGGAUAUCGCGGAUGCAGAGUUGGGGCCUACAAGGAUGCGAAGCAGCAGGGCCCGCAACUAAGGCCAAGGGGUUGGGCAAAGGACAAUGUCGAGUUGAGUAAAACAUGGUCUCUUAUUGAACAAAACGAACACCAUCACAUCCUUGUACCAACACACCCCCGUCGACGCGAGGUGCAAAACUUGGGCAUGUCGGUUCGGAAGAAGUCGGCCAGGCCACAGCCGACGGACGUCUUGGUGGUGAAUCGCUCGGGAAUCAGACCGGUCAUGAUAAGGUUGCUCAAGCAAGGUGUAGCCAAACGCUGCCUCCGCAUUCCCGAUACAAUUUCCGGCGACAGAGACACGGCGUGA